AUGGAUAUGCAUCGACUAACCUGGAUCCAACCGGGUUUGGUAGGAAAGCAAAAUCGCCCAUAUUCGGCGAUCGAUAUAUCGUCAAACCUGCACAACAAGGUUACCAAGGCAUAUGCCGCAAAAGCCCUACGUGAAUUACAUCAGAACAAAGAGAUUGAAGGACGGGUAGCUGGAAAACAAACUGUUUAUCAUGCUCUGCAGGACUCAUCCGACGAAGACACAAGCGAAGUCAUAGCGAACCUCGAUGAGAAAAUCAAGCAAUUGGAAGAGAAACUCACAACCCUGAAGACCGAUGAGAAAAACUUGCGAGCUGAGCUGGCAACCCUUCGCUCCAAGCCUUUACUCUCCGAACUCCGACAGGAUAUCGGCCGACUCGAAAAAGAGAAAGAAUCAAUUCUUGCGCGAUUGGAUGAAUUUCACGGGCAUGAUUCGUCGGCGCAGGUAUCACCGGAGAAACGAGCUGAAGUCGAGCGAGAAUGGAAGCGUUGGCAGAGACAGGUCAAUAUGCGCCGCCGUAUCUGCCGUGAUAUGUGGAUGAAAUGUUCGGAGGUCGUACCUGAAGGCAUGACUCGUGAGGAGCUAUGGGAAUCCUUGGGGCUUGAGGGUGAUUGCAAAUGGUAG